AUGACUCGUUUGUUGCCUUACAAAGGUGGAGAUUUUUUGGGACCGGAUUUUCUCACUUUUAUUGAUCUAUGCGUCCAAGUCCGAGGUAUACCUCUACCUUAUCUUUCUGAAUUAACUGUGAGCUUCAUAGCUGGAACGUUGGGGCCUAUUCUUGAGAUGGAAUUUAAUCAAGAUACUUCAACUUAUGUUGCCUUUAUCCGUGUUAAGAUCAGACUUGUAUUCAUAGACCGUCUUCGGUUUUUUCGGAGAGAGGAAGCUGCUGCUUCUAAUACUAUCACUGAUCAAACUCAUAUGACUAGCUCAAACAGUUCAGACAUAUCCCCGGCAUCACCAAUAUCACAGCCUCCUCUUCCGGCAUCUUUACCUUCUCAUGACUCUUACUUUGAUGCGGGAAUUCAGGCUUCCAGACUUGUUAAUCCAAGAGCUAUAUCUCAGCAUCACUUUUCUAGCUCUUAUUCUGACUUUAAGGGCAAAGAAAAAGCAAAAAUUAAGAUUGGUGAAUGCUCAAAACGUAAAAAGGAUAAGCAAGUUGAUUCUGGUACAUAG